ACUCUGCGAACAAAAAUAGAAGAGAGCUUUUUGGGUCGGCGAGGGCAAUAGCGAUUAGAGGAACAAGAUGCUGAGAGUCGCCGGAAGAAGGCUUUCCUCCUCUGUAGGCGGCGCGUGGAGGUUGUCGCAGACAUCCCCAGUCUUUCUCUCUCGAUCCCAUCCACUUUCCUUCAACAACAACGACGAGUCGUCCUCCCACGUCCGUUCCAGAUCCCCCAUUCACUCUCUCCUCAAUUCCCAAUCUCCAUUUCUCAUCAGAGGAUUUUCCUCUGACGCCCUCGCUCCUGGACAUGAUAUUGGUGGUAUGAUCUCAGAUGUCCCAGCUACUGUGGCAGCACUGAAGAAUCCUUCUUCAAAGAUUGUAUAUGAUGACUACAACCAUGAAAGAUACCCACCUGGUGAUCCCAGCAAGCGUGCAUUUGCUUAUUUUGUCUUGACAGGUGGAAGGUUUGUGUAUGCAUCCUUGAUCCGGCUUCUGGUCCUCAAGUUUGUUUUGAGCAUGUCUGCCAGCAAAGAUGUCCUUGCUCUUGCUUCCCUUGAGGUUGACCUAUCCAGCAUUGAGCCUGGCAGUACUGUUACUGUCAAGUGGAGGGGGAAGCCAGUUUUUAUUAGGCGUAGAACUGAAGAUGACAUCAAGUUGGCUAAUAGUAUUGAUGUUCAGUCACUUCGUGAUCCUCAACAGGACUCAGAGAGGGUUAAGGAUCCAGAAUGGCUUAUUGUUGUUGGGGUCUGCACUCACUUGGGGUGCAUCCCCUUGCCAAAUGCUGGUGACUUUGGCGGAUGGUUUUGCCCAUGCCAUGGUUCACACUAUGACAUUUCUGGUAGGAUCCGCAAGGGGCCUGCACCCUACAAUCUUGAGGUACCCACUUACAGUUUUUUGACCGAGAACAAGUUACUCAUUGGGUGAGAAUUGCUGGGCAGUUUUUUUUUUUUCUGGUGCCGAAUUUUUACAUGAGGUCUCAUUAUUCAUAGUUCCUCUACAUCAGGGAAAAAGUGAUGUUUGCAACCUUAAUUUUUUCUUUUUGCCUAUUUCAGUUGUGAUUUAUACUUGGAUUUUGUAUCUGUUGUCUGCACUGGAUGGAGUUCAGAUUUUUGAAUAACAAAAAUAAUCAAAUUUUUGUUGACCA